AUGGGCAAACAGGGCAUUGUGAGUACAAGUCUAAAGUUGAAAAGUGUUUCAAGUACGGAAAAAACAAACGAAGACGAGACAAAUCUUCUUUAUCACAUAAAAAAGCCGGUAAUCAUAAAUGAUUGUCGUUGUGAGGGACAAAAGGAUGGUCUAUAUGCAGUAGGAUGCACAGGGAAAUUCUAUUCGUGUUCGAAUGGUAUUCCAACCGGGCUUGAAUGUCCAAGUGAUUUAGUUUUCAAUGUUGAUAGUGGUUUUUGCGAUUAUCCGAAGAAUGUUGUUGCUUGCGGUGGACAACAACCAAUGUUAAGUGAUGAAGCCGACAUUGAUGGAGAGGAAGCUGCUUCGAAAUUAGUUUCCGGAUGCUCAGUUCUGGAAGAUGGAAUUUACGGCUUAUCACCAUGUGGUUCCGGAUAUUAUCAUUGCUGGCGUGGUUCAACGUCUUUUGCAAGAUGCGCAUUUGAUUUGGUGUUUAAUCCUUCGUUGAAUAGAUGCGAUUUCAGGGAGAAUGUACUAGGCUGUCCAGAGUACAACAAGAUAUCAGAUAAAAUCAAAAAGCCGAUACAUAGACCUACGAUUAAACCUAUAAAAGAUGAUACUUCAAAAUGUGAGGAACUAAGCGAUGGUUUUUAUGCCGAUGGUUGCAAUAGAACCUACUACGGCUGCGCAAAUGGCAAAAUAUUUUAUAUGAAUUGUCCGUGGAAUCUUGCUUUCAAUUUUCGCAGUGGUACUUGCGAUGAGCCGAAGAAUGUCGAAGCGUGCAGAGGUACUUCAAGUGAAGAAAUGUAUUCAUUACUUGACAAUAUUGUGCCGGUGAUGCCAAGUUGUACUGCUCUUCCAAAUGGACCACAUCCACUUGGUCUUUGCUUGGCGAAUUAUAUUUUAUGUCAAGAUGGCAUUAUUCACUUAACCAGUUGUCCUAAGUCAAUGGUUUUUGAGCCAGGCAAUUCGAGAUGUGUCUUGAGAUCUGACGUUGUCGCAUGCAGAAAAGUCAGUCAGCCUCCUAAAAAUGAAUUAGAUGUCUACUGUACUGCUCGACCAGAUGGGAUAUUAUCAUAUAACUGUUCGAACAACUUUUAUAUUUGUGCGAAAGGAAAGACGUAUUUGUUUGCAUGUCCUGAUGGGACAGUUUACGACAGUAAAUUUUGUCGAUGUGAGAAUUCCGCUGAAGUUCAGUCUUGUGCCGAAACUGUCUCUUUGAUAGCUACAUUACCACAGAGGCCGUUGAAUAACUUACCUGGUGUGAUAGCGGAAAGCGAUGAUAGAUUUUGUGAUGGUCUUCCUGAUGCAAAUUAUGCAGCCGGACCAUGUUCGACAGUUUUCUUUUCCUGUGUUCACAUGAGAAAAGUGUUAAUGUCAUGUCCUGAAAUGCUUGUGUUUGAUGAAUCAACCAAUCGAUGUGAAGAACGAGAAAACGUCGCAGAAUGUCGAAGCAGUUCAGUAGUAUCUGAAAACGUUUCAGCGGAUGGGCAAGAUACACUGGAACGACUGAUAUCUUCUACGAUUACACCUUUAUGUAUGGGACAAAAGGAUGACAUUUAUCCGCUGGAUUCCUGCUUGAGGAGAUAUUUGCAAUGUUACAAUCAGAAAGGAAUAGUGAGAUAUUGUCCAGAUAACAUGGUGUUUGAUGGAACUAUCGCUGCUUGUAUUCCAAAAGCAGAUUGUAAUCAAGUUAUGACAUCAUCAAAUGAACCAUCCGGAAGUGUAGGAAAUGAUGAUAGUGAAAAUAUGAAGUUAACUGAAACAGCAACGUCACGUUGUUAUGAAUUAGCGGAUGGUGACUAUUCGGCCGGUUGUGUUCCGGACUUCAUAACAUGCAUCGAUGGUUUUGAAAUCCGUAAGAAGUGUCCCAACUCAACAGUAUUUUCGAAUGUUUUGCGUCGUUGUGUGUCUUAUGACCAGUGCGCAUUUUUGAUGCACCGAGUAUUAGCUUCGUUCUACCCAUCACAUAGAGUUGAUAAUCAUGAAGAAUGGGUGAAACACGAAGGCGCUAUGAGCACAUCAUCAGUUUCUGGUCCUGAAUUAUCAAUGUCGGAAGCUAGUACCUCAGUUUCUGGUGAGGAUGUGAAUCGUUGUGAAUAUGCUAGAGUGCAAUGUACCAAUGAAGGUAUUGAUAGUGAAGAAAUUGAUCGACUACCAACCGAUGAAGAGCCAGAAACAGUAGAAUCACAGCCUGAAGAAGAAAAGGAGGAUGAGAACCGCUUCUGUGUGCCAGAAAUAUCCGAAAGCCGAAUAGAUUCAAUCAGAUGUGAUAAUUUGGAUGAUGGCUUAUAUGCGUUGGAUUGUUCGAAUAAAGUUGUUGUUUGUAAAGAUGGUUGGAAAAGAAUUUAUGGAUGUCCACAGGGACAGUUGUUCAUUCCUUCACUUUUAAAAUGUGAUGAAUCUUGGAAGUGUACGGAUAGCAAUUCCUGUGGAUCGGGUUUUGUUGGUGUAGUUUAUUUAGGAAAACUUGAAUCGAUUGCAUCAUCAUCUCCGUCAAUUUCAUCUCCGUCAAUUUCAUCUCCGUCAAUUUCAUCUCCUUCAAUUGGUGGUUUUUCAUGCGCAGAUAAAGAUGAUGGAAAUUAUGGAAGGCAGUGUUCACCGAUAUUCAUUAAAUGUGUCCAAAAAAUACCAAUUUUGAUGAAAUGCCAGACAGGGCGACUUUUCGACCAGCAUUCCGGUCGCUGCAUAUUUUUAGAUCACUGUCCCAUGUUACCAACCACUCUUGAUAUUGGCAAGGUCCGGUGUGUUGAAAAUGAACGUUUGGGAAUUGGCAUUUGCAAUAAUUAUUAUUAUGGAUGUUCAAAUAGCAAGUUUGUUCUUCAUAAAUGUCCGCCUGGUCAAACUUUUGAUGCUGUUCGUGGAGUUUGUGACUUGAAAUGCAACCUUUGGACGAGUACACCCGUGUGUAAUCCUGGUGAAAUUGUUCCUCUUGGGCGUUGUAGAAAUACGUAUUUAGAAUGCAGUGCCCAACGAACUUUCGAAAUGAGACAUUGCAUGAGGGAUAGAGUUUUCGACUCAACACUCCUUAUUUGCCGAUUUGGGCAUGAAAUUGCGGAAUGUUUAGGAAAUCCCACAAAAGGAGCUGGAACCAUUACUGUUCCUGCGCUAUAUCGUGUGCACGAUUCAUUUAAACAGCCAUUGCAAUCCAAUCCAUAUUUAACACAGAAUCAACAUUAUAGAAAUUCAUAUCGAUUGAGGUUACCAUAUGCACAAUCCGUGAGAAAUGCACCAUAUAGAAAUCAAAACAUGUUAUUUGGCACACUGCGAACUCCAUCACACAACGUAUUCAUUCCGCCGAUGACUCGAGAACAGCAUGCUCCACAUGUUCUUAGAAAUUCACCUGUUCAGAUGAGGAUUGUCAAAGACACUUUCCGCGUUGUUCCAUCUCUACUUCGCAAUAUUCCAAAUAUGCGGAAUCUGCGAUUUGUUGAUCAGUUUCAGCUGCCUGGUAAUCUUCCGAUGUAUUCUUUUGUGACUUCACAACCUUCACCUUCGUAUGAUUCAGUAAUGGCUUCGUUAAUGGAUUCCGAUGGAACAACUGACAGUAAUGAAGCAGCAGAUAGUUUAGAAGGUAGCGGUGAAAGUGACAAUGCAUCUGCGGUAACUGAUGGUCGUCGCAUCAAGCGUGAUGUGUCAUUUGAGACGGAACCUUCAAAAAUGGUAGUGGAAUUUGGAACAGGGUUGGAGGAGAAAUUGGAGACUGAUUUGAACACGGAAUUGGAGGAGGGUUAUUUCGAGAGUGAACCGGAUCUCUGUCCCUCCAAAACACAUUCAGCCAAUAUUACGUUAGGUGUUUGUCGUCCGAGUUACAUCUUUUGUAAUGUGAAGGGAAAUUCGGUUUAUGUUGUGGACUGCAACGAUGGAGAGCUGUUCGAUAGUGAGUUAAAAGAAUGUGUACCAGCAGCAGACUGUGUACUACGAGCAUUAUAUCGUCAGAGCAAUGAUAAUGAAAGAACUCCGUGCGCUUUAUUGCCAGACGGUACAUAUUCUCUUCCGGGUUGUAGCCGGUAUUUUCUUUCUUGUGUAUCCAACAAAGCAGUAUUGAGAAAUUGCGCAAAUGGACUAUAUUAUGAUGGAAGCAAACAACAAUGUGACUACAAAGAACGUGUAGCUAUUUGUAAUAGUGAAAGUACAAUUUAUGAACAGUCUUUGCCUAGUGCAAAAGGUUAUUUAUAA